UCGAGCCCGUCCUCCACGUGCGCAACGGGGUGCAAGGACUCAAACAACGACAGCUUGGUUAGACCUGAAUCCACAAACUGGGACAAUGACAGGGAAUCACUGGGGAUAUGGAAAAGAGGACGGUCCUUCUGUAUGGCACAAGAACUACCCUGUUGCCCAGGGGGACCGGCAGUCUCCCAUUGACAUCAUGCCUCACCAGGCUUCACAUGACCCCAGUCUGGGCCCGAUUGUCCUAAACUACGAUCAGUGUACCUCCAUCAACAUCGCCAAUAAUGGACACUCUGUAGUUGUAGAGUUUGAUGACUCAGAUGACCGUUCAGUGAUCUGGGGUGGCCCUCUUGACAACGCCUACAGACUGAAACAGUUUCACUUCCACUGGGGCGGAAAGGGCUGCCAUGGCUCUGAGCACACUGUUGCGGGAAACAGCUAUGCAUCUGAGCUUCACUUAGUACACUGGAAUGCUGUCAAGUACAAGACGUUCGGGGAGGCAGCAGCAGCUCCCGAUGGCCUUGCUGUCCUCGGCAUCUUUUUGGAAGCAGGUGAUGACCACAGAUGGCUCCACACGAUAACAGACACUCUGUACAUGGUGAAAUUUAAGGGCAGCGUCACAGAUUUCAAAGGUUUCAACCCCAAGUGCCUCCUACCCAGCAGCCUCCACUACUGGACCUACCUGGGAUCACUGACAACACCCCCUCUACAUGAGAGCGUCACCUGGAUCAUCCUGAAGGAGCCAAUCAUUGUUUCUGAAAAACAGCUGGGCAAGUUCAGACUGCUUCUGUUCACUGGAGAGGAAGAGGACCAGAGGACACGCAUGGAAAACAACUUCAGGCCUCCCCAGCCUCUCAAAGGCAGGAAAGUGCGUUCCUCCAAUUAAUGUGACCUCUACAGAUCUGAAGUCAUAGAUUUAAAAAAAAAACAAAAACACCCUUUCAGACAACAGUCAAUGCAUUAUUUUGUGUGUUAUUUUUAUCACAUGGUAGCUUGCCCUGAGGAGGAUGUCUGAUUUACUUUGUGCAGAAGGGAAAAGUUCAAGGAGUAAUUCUCAUCACUGCUGCCAUGUUGAGAUGCACGUUUCCCUCUAGUGGUCAGAAGCUUUACUGGGAGAGGGAGGAAUUAGUUUUUGAAUGAUAUAGGGAAAAGCAAAACAUAAAGCAAUAUAAUAAUAUUAGCCAUCAGCAAGCUUAUUAUUUGUCUUCCACUACUAAGUGCUAUUUGGU